AUGGCAUCACGGCCUAUCCUGCUGCGAUUUGAAAGUCGCAACGGGCAGUUCCGAUUCUCCGUCAGCCCGCAGGAACUCUUCCCAUCCCUUCAACAAAAGAUCCUGGAACAGCUUCCGGCAGGUGUCGAUCCUUCAUCCAUCGUCAUCUCAAACAAACCUAUCGGCACGGGUGGUGAGGAGAGAGAACUAGAAGGCCUACAAGGCGUUUCAAUUCAACAAGUCGGUCUCAAACACGGCGACAAGCUCUUCCUCGGGUACCGGGAACAGACACAACAGAAUGGACCCUCGAACGGCGACACAUCUGUCUCUUCGGAGCGACGAUUAAACGGUGCCCCAAUUCCCCAGCAACAGACCGUUCCGGUCCGCCCCCAGGCACCCUCCUCCGCCACAAUCAAGAACCCGUGGGACGUGGUGAAGCAAUCCCCACUGGAUAACCUGCUGGACAAGAAAGAUGGCAAGAUCAAGCGGAAUAUGGAUCACAAGAUGUGCAAGCAUGGCCCCCGAGGCAUGUGUGAUUACUGCAUGCCGCUCGAACCAUACGAUGCGAAAUAUAUGGCCGAAAAGAAGAUCAAGCAUCUUUCCUUCCACUCAUAUCUGCGGAAGAUCAAUGCUGCAACCAAUAAGCCCGAAAUGGGAACCUCCUUUAUGCCACCGCUCAAUGAACCGUACUACCGAGUCCGAACUGACUGUCCAUCGGGACAUUCGCCAUGGCCAGAGGGUAUCUGCACAAAGUGUCAACCCAGCGCCAUCAGUCUGCAACCCCAGGAAUUCCGCAUGGUCGACCACGUGGAGUUCGCCUCUCCCGACCUCAUCAACUCCCUUCUUGACUUCUGGCGAAAGUCUGGUGCCCAACGUCUCGGCUUCUUGUACGGAACGUAUGAGGAGUACACCGAAGUACCACUAGGUGUCAAGGCUGUUGUGCAAGCAAUCUACGAGCCCCCACAAAUGGGUGAGGUCGAUGGUGUAACACUCCACGAUUGGCACAACGAGAAGGAAGUGGAUGAUGUUGCCAGUCUUUGCGGAUUGCAGAAGGUUGGUGUCAUAUUUACUGAUCUUCUCGAUGCUGGCCAGGGAGACGGCUCAGUGGUAUGCAAGCGUCACAUCGACUCAUACUUCCUGUCCUCGCUGGAAAUCGCCUUUGCGGCACGUCUUCAGGCGCAAAAUCCCAAAUUAACCAAAUGGAGUCGCACGGGACGCUUCGGUUCCGACUUCGUCACAUGUGUGCUCAGCGGCGAUGAUACAGGUGCUAUCAGCAUCAGCUCAUACCAAGCCUCUGUGUCUGCGGUCGAGAUGGUUCGUGGAGACAUCAUUGAGCCUUCCGCCGACCCUUCUGUGAUGCUGGUACAAUCAGAGACCGACGAGGAUCUCGGCGCCAGAACGCGGUACAUCCCCGAGGUCUUCUACCGCCGCAUUAACGAGUACGGCGCCAGUGUUCAAGAGAACGCCUCGCCGAGUUUCCCAGUCGACUUCCUGCUAGUUACCCUUACCCAUGGAUUCCCCACAGAGUCAUCCCCAUUGUUCAAGAACAGCCGCUUCCCCAUCGAGAACCGCGAAGUCAUUGGCGAAAGCCAGGAGCUACGACAUGUCGCCCAGAAACUUAUGUCCGGAGACCCACAAAAGGCCAUCCAAGGCGUAUCCGACUUCCACCUGCUAUGCUUCUUGCACGGACUCAGCACCUUCAAUAAGGAUGAGGAAUCCCUCCUAUGCCGCGUCGCGACAACACAAUCCCCCGCUGAAGGAAUGCAGCUGUUGAAUACCUCAGGAUGGGCGACGUUGAUGACCAUCCUUCAGGAGAGUGGUGAGCGCCCCCUAAGCGCCCCUGGCCCACCGCGGUUGAGUCUUCUCGCCCGGAUUCCCAAUCCCGAGGACGUCGCACCCCCCUUCUUCCCAUACAUCCCGCUCCAAUACUCCAAAUACAGAGGGUGA